GACAGGAAGCACAAAGAAGAAGGCGGAGGACCCGGUCCAGACUUGGACUUGUGACUUGCAUGCAUCUUUAUGCAACACCACAGACUAAAACCCUGCUCGGCUUCAAAAGAGCGGAUGUGAGGCUUGUUUGUGUGUGCAGCAGGUUCAGACACAAUCAACUGAGGGUUACUUGUGUGCUUGUGUGAGUGUGUGUGUGCCUCUGAAGGCACAGUUUCUUUGACAGCGGUGUUAACCCAGUAAAACACAGUGAUGUGUCUUUCCCUCCCACAAGACUUGACUUAAAACCUCACAAGCGGGCUGAUCAUAUGAUGGUGCCUUAAAGAGCCUGGAGGGGAUGUGUGCAUGGUUGGAGUUUCUAAGCAUCUUCUGGAUGUCAAGUUUAUUGUAUUUUAUAAAAUGACCAUCUUUCAAACACCAAAAGAGGACGUUUCAUAGCAGGACAGCAUCUACAGCUACAAAAUCUUUCAGCACAACAAAGGACCUGACUAAUGGAGGAAGAAAACUUGUGCUCUUCUCUGCCAGAUGUUACAAAUGCAGCCCUUCUGGAGCCUGAACAAGAUUCAUGGACCUCCAUAGACCGUCAGUACAUCAACGGAGAACAGGAGGGCAUUGUGUGGGAUGAGACGGAGGUUCUAAUAAACCAAGAACACAAGACAGAUCAGCUCAGUCUCUCCCCAAAGGCUGAGAAACACAGCCUAGAUGAGGCAGAGCCGUGGGAGCAGAUAAUAUGGCCCGUGCGCCCCAUGACCUGCACCAGCCCCCUCCUGUCCUUUGCCACAGUGCAGUGGGACAUGCCGGACUCCUCCGUGGAGACGCCCUCGCUGGUGACUCACAGCAGCUUGGCUAAUGAGCUGGACUGUCUCAAUAUGAUGAGCGUAAGCACCAUUUCCCCAUCACCUCACCCAUCUGAAGACUUUAACGAAGAGCCUUUCAGGGAGGAGGGCAGAGAGGAAGAGGAGAAGUUUGAUUCUGAGCUCCUGAACUCGGAGAUAGAGCUGAACGGAAAUAACGUGGAGCCAUGUGACGCUGCUGAUGUGCAAAAGCCAACGACACAGGAAGGGGAGGAUUCAACACAAGAGCUGUCAGGCAGUAAUACUGAGAGUAUCCCUGAGAUCUCUCUGGAAACAGCUUUAACAGAAGACGAAGAAAUAGAGGAGCAGUCAGACGGCUCAGAUCCAGCAGCAUCUUUGGACUUAAUCGAUACUCCUGAGGAGAUUGAAGGCUCAGGAGACGAGGCGGACAGUUUUGUGGAUUUACAGCUAGAGGAGGAAGAAGAGAAGCCAGUAGUUCUGCUGACGAGACAAGGAGACGUAGAAGAAGAGCAAACAUCAGCGAUCAGUGUCGAGGCUGAGGAAGAGGACGAGAAGGGAGGUGAGGCGGAAGAGGAAGAGGGUGUGAUGGUUCCUUGCUGCACCGAACAAAGUGAAGAAGCAGAAGCUGUUUGUCAUCUAAAUCACACGGAGAUUCCUGCAGAGUUUUUACAAACUGAUGAAACUGAAUCAAGUAUAAACCACAAUCAGUUACUUGAUCUGCAACAGUCAGAGCUGUUAGAGGAAACUACGCAGUCUAGGGUUGAAGAGGACAUACAAGAAGAAGGUCCUAAAGGACAGGGUGAAGAGCCAGAAAUGUGUGAAGAUGUAGAUCAGAGCCUGGAGCCUGAGCAGUCUGAGGUGGCAAACAACAUCGAGGAACUGUCAAUACAGUCUGCAGAAAAUGCAGAAGGGCUUAAAGACUCACCAGAGAUACUAGAGCUGACUGAAAAACUGCAGGAGACAAGUGGUUUAGAGCAUCAAGACAGUGAAGAAGCAGCUUCACAGGAUGUACAGACGUCGCUGCAGCCUGAACAUGCUGAGCCAGAGCAGGUUGACAUGACUGAAGUAAAGGAGCAGAGCCUAGUAGACUCCGAAGACCAGUUAAAACAACAUCUGGAGCAGCCAAAGAUAGAAUUAGAAGAAGAGGACUCAACCCAGACUGAAAAAGCAGACCUGCCAGAGGAGUUGACUCUGUCAGAGCAAACAGUUAGCGUUGAAGCUGAAGACCCUGGAGCAGCAGAGCAGCAGGAACAGACGGAGCCAUUGGAGCAGAAUGAGCAGCAAGCAGCCGAUGAGCAGCUUGUGCAGAAGACAGACGAGUCAGAAAUAACAGAGCAGACCGAGGUCACGCAGCAGACUGAAGAGGCAGAGUUCACGCAGGAGGACAAACAGGCUGGGACAUCACAUCAGGCUGAAGAAGAGGAAGGUGCAGAGGAUGAAAAUGUACAUACAGUCAUCUCAAACGGAGUGCAUCCAAAGCCUCAUAUGAACGGAGGGGAGGUGGACAGGGAGGCAGCGAAGUGCCUCGCUGAACGGCUGUUCAAGUUGGAGGAGAUCCAGCGUGUCGAGGUGGUGAAGCACUUAGACAAAGAUAAUGACUUCAGUCGAGCUGUUGGAGAGGAAUACCUCAAAUUCUUCGACUUCACUGGGCAAACUCUCGAUCAUGCCCUCAGAUCUUUCCUCAAAGUGGUGGUUUUGAUCGGAGAGACCCAGGAGAGAGAGCGCGUGCUGCAGCAUUUCGCCUGCCGCUUCCAUGAGUGCAACCCUGACUCCUUCUCCUUCCCAGGACCUGCAUUGGCGCUGACAUGUGCUAUGAUGCUUCUUAACACUGACUUGCAUGGACAGAAUGUGGGGAAACCCAUGUCCUCCUCUAAGUUUGUGUCCAACCUGGAUGGGAUGAAUGAAGGAGAGAACUUCAGCAAGGAUCUCUUAAAAAGUCUUUACAACUCCAUAAAGAAUGAACCACUGGAGUGGGCUAUUGAUGAAGAGGAGCUGAAGAGCUCUGUGUUGGUGGAUGAAGAUGCAGAAGAAGACGUGCAGCUGCGUUCAAAAGCAAACCCUUUCCAGAACGUUCCUCAUAACAAAAGAGCCAUCAUAGUCAAACAAGGAUUCCUGCAGAGAAAAAUCCUCGCCGACAUUGAUGGCAAACGCACUCCUUGGGGGAAACGAGGCUGGAAGACUUACUUUGGUGUGCUGAGAGGAAUGGUCCUUUACUUGCAGAAGGAUGACUACAGGAAGGAUCAGAUGACUAACGAGGAGGUGGUGAGUGUGCAUCACUCUCUGGCCGAGCCAGCAGCCGACUACACCAAGAAGCCUCACGUCUUUCGCCUGCAGACGGCUGACUGGAGGGUUUUCCUCUUUCAGGCCUCAUCCAAAGCAGAGAUGAAUUCAUGGAUCAGCCGCAUCAACCUGGUGUGUGCUCUUCACUCCUCGCCUCCGUUCCCUGCUGCUGUUGGCUCUCAGAGGAGGUUCUGCAGGCCGAUUCUCCCCGCCUCUCAGUCUGCCCACACUCUGGAAAGUCAGCUGCAGUUUCAUGCAAAAAUGCUGGAGUCAUUCAAAGCUGACCUGUCGCACCAGCAGCAAAACAUCCCAGAUGGAAAGAAAGCCAAAACCAAGGAGCUGGAGGAGCAUCGAGUCAGAGCGGAGUACCUGCAGCAUGAGAUUGGUCGUUAUGAGAUCUACAUUCAGGUGCUGGAAGCCUGGAAGAAAGAGAGAAAGGUAGACGACAACAUGUUGAGAACAGCAGAGCUGAGCCAGUUUGACAAAGCCAUGUGUGCAGACUCUGUCAUGGAGGGAGAGGAGGAGGACGACAGUCUGAAGAGGUCCCACUCCAGCCCGUCUCUGGAGCUGGAGAUGCCUGCGGAGCCUCAGGCAGUGAUCAAAGUCAGGCGCAACAUUUCAGAGAGACGGACUUAUCGCAGGACCAUCAUCCCAAGAUGGAAUAAAGAAUCCUGAGGUAACCCCACCCAGGAAAGACUGUAUGAAAUGCAGAUUUGUACAUUUCCUCUGUGAGCCAAGUGUUAAAAAAAUCCUAUUUUAAAUUUUCUUUGUUUCUGCAUUUUUAUCUUUUGCACUUUUAUGAAGUAAACCUCAGGGAAUCCACAGCUCUGGCUCUCACAGGAUGGAGGCUCAGCUGAUUUGUUUGUUAAAGACUCAAAACAUCUGGACCUAAUUUAUUUAGUAUUUUUUUAUGUACGUUAAAUUUAAUCUUUUAAGGACACAGAAGGCACAAAAUUGAAUUAGUUUUUUGUUUCACAAUGGAAAAAAGGGUUGUGAUUUAAAUACAAACCACUAGAGGAUGCUGUAGCACAGCUCAUCUCACUGAAUGGACCAGGCAGGAUGUGCUGUCAGUUUGAAACUUAAAGAAUCAUUGCACUUUUAGCAUUUUUGUUGUGUAUAAAAUGUUUUUUUUCCUGUUUAUGCUCACUAUGAUGGUUACAGUGUUGAAUAUUUUACCAAAAUAAGUUAAUGUCCAAAAUGUUACUGUUGUUUUUCUUUCUGGGAGACAAAAUAAAACAAUGCCCCUGCCUCUAAUCAUUCUGCAUGAGCAACCAGAAUUUGCCUCAAAACAUUAUGAGGUAUGAAAAGGUAGGACUUGAUUGAACCCAUGAGGGGAAAUUCCAACUGCAACAACACAAAAACAAAAUAGCAGGUAGUAAAAUAAAAACUUAGACUAGAGCUUUAAACAUAAAUAAAACAGGAGGCAUAUAAAAGAGUCAUUCAAUGGUGUAAAGCAACAACAACUAAAACAACAGCUAAAAUGUUCUGUGCACUUAUUAAAGUCAGUAAUGUGAACACUAGUAUAGCAAUUUACAUGGUUAAGUUUGCAGUAAUGCAAACAUGAGUUAUAGAUGUAACUAUUAAGUUUUUGAUGACAUAAUGUAUGCCUCUUGCUAAAUCACCCAGGAUGAGCAGCUGUGAGAGGUUUGAAUAAGCACUCUUAAUUUGAUCGAAGCAGCAGUCAAGACGUCCAGAAACGCUUUUCUGUCUGAGUACUUUUAUUUUGGAAAUCUAGCUUUCUUUGAUGGUUGGUCACUGUGAGUGAAAAAAAUUAACUCAAAUUCAGCCACACUUGGAAUGUGACACGGGACCUAUGUGUGCUCAUUUAUGAUUAGUGAGGUGUGAAGGAUUGUAAUCCAGUUAUGCAGAAAUAAAAGAGUGCAACACAAGUGAAACUAAAUUAUAAACAGACAAUUCCUAGAACACAGAACAGUGUGUUAGUAUGUGUGUGAACUGUGUUAUCUUAGUGUACAUACUGUUGUUCUAAAUUAUAAAGAAAAACACAUGAAGACAGCACGGUACACAUCUUUUCCUUUUCACACAAUAAAAGUUCUUAUUAGAAGAGGCUUGCACCUCACCAUCUAGUUCUCUUUAGAAAAUAUUCCCAAAGCAUCACUAAAUCACUCCUGAGUUGUUAGGGAAAAAUGAAUGAUUAAUUAAUCUGCAUGAUAAUUUCUCAUAGUUUGUCCAAAAAUGUAUUUUUGAAAUAAAAAAAUCAACAUCUUGAAUUUCAUUAAUGUUAUUUGAUCUAAUCUAAUGUGAUAUAUCAAUAAUAAUAGAGUAUUCAGACCCCCUUCACUUUUUUGUUUUUCUUUUGUUGCAGCUUGAUGCUGCAGAGAAAAAUUCACAUCAUGACAAAGUAUAAACAGACCCUUUUGCAACAACACUUGAAAUUUCGCUCAGGUUCCUUACAUUUCUCUUGAUCGUUGCUGAGAUGUUUCUACACCUUGAUUGGAGUCCACCUGUGGUAAUUUAAUUGGUGAUUUGGAAAGGCUUUUCAGAAGCAACAAACUCCACAUAAAAAGCCAAGCAGGCUCUCAUGGGUUUUGCUCUGAGAAGAGGCUUCUGUCUAGCCACUCUGCCAUAAAGCCCAGGUCAGUGGAGGGCUGCAGCGAUGGUUGUCCUUCUGGAACUUUGUUCCAUCUCCACACAGGAUCUCUGACCAUCAGGUUCUUGGUCUCCUUGGUCCCCUAAGGCCCUUCCCCACUGAUUUUUCAGUUUGAACAUGACCAGCUCUUGGAAGAGUCCUGGUUCUACCAAACUUCCUCCAUCUGAGAACCAUGGAGGCCACUGCUCUUGGGAAUCUUCAGUCUAGCACAUUUUUUUGUAGCCUUCUCUUGA